AUGAGCACCUCUCGGGACUGCCGCUAUCCGGAGCCCAGGCAGGCCCUGGGGGACGCCUUCCGAGCACCCUCCCACCUGUUCCAACCUGCGGAGAGGUCAGCCAGCACCCCGGUGGCCCCCUGGAGCUGUACAGGGGACCCCGACCCAGCCCCACUGUCGUGCUACCACAAAACCUGGCUGCUGGACACGACGCAGGACAGCCACGCGCGGUCCACGGGCCUCAGCAGCCGCAGACCCGGGGCCCGCAGCGAAGCCAGUGUUGGGACCAACUACCCCCACGGGGUGCUGGAGGCCCAGCCGGCAGGGUCAGACCAGCGCUUCACCACAGAGCGUUCCGUGGCACCUCCCGUGUCUGAGGCACAGCCCCGGACCGGAGCGCGGCAGGUACCCGACGAGCGCGCGCUGGACAAAGGAGGGGCUCCUGCCCCCCAUCCCGCGGCCGCUGUCCCCCACGCCGGCGUCACUGCGGGGCCGGGGGCCUGCGGCAGGGUCGCCCGGCCACGUGGCCCGCGCGCCCCGCCCCCCUGCGCCCUCUGCCCGCACGGACGCCGCAGAGCCACGGGCGCACCCCGGGCGCCCGCCGCACCCCCGCCCCGGCCCCUGGGGUCUCCGCGGCGCGUGCGGCCCCUCCGGGAGCGGGCUGCGGUACUCACGCCUGCCAAGGACCCGGCGACCAGCGAGGAGCGCUCGUGGCCCGGGACUGCGGGGGAAAGGAAGCGGCAGCCAGGCCGCGCACGGGAAAUGAAGCAGCGGGCUGUACCACGCCGCGGGCCGCGCACGGGGGGAGGCGGCUCCCGCGCACCACCGGCCUCGCCGCCACGGCUCCCGGCGAGGCGCGACGCUCCCCGCGGCCGCCGAGACGGCAGGCACUGCGAGAGCACCACGGGGCUCGCCGUGUCCCCGCGGGGCCGCCGCGGGCGGCCGGGGGCAGGACUGCGGCUCACCCGACCCCUCCCCUGCCGGCGCACCUACUCCAUUAAGGACAAGCUGCAGGCCAUCGAGCGCGUCAAGGGCGGCGAGCGGCAGGCCAGCGUGUGCCGCGACUUCGGGGUGCCGGGCGGCACGCUGCGCGGCUGGCUCAAGGACGAGCCGAAGCUGCGCUGGUUCCUGGAGCAGCUGGGCGGCGAGGUGGGCACGCAGCGCAAGAAGAUGCGGCUGGCCAACGAGGAGGAGAUCGACCGCGCCGUCUACUCGUGGUUCCUGGCGCUGCGGCAGCACGGCGUGCCGCUGUCGGGGCCGCUCAUCCAGGCGCAGGCCGAGGCCUUCGCGCGCCAGAUCUACGGCCCCGAGUGCACCUUCAAGGCCAGCCACGGCUGGUUCUGGCGCUGGCAGAAGCGCCACGGCAUCUCCAGCCAGCGCAUCUACGGCGAGGCCGAGCCCUUGGCCGCGGGCCCCGCGCCCGGCCCGCCCGUCAAGCAGGAGCCCGCGCAGCCCCCCGGCUCCGGCGCAGGCCCCCUGCCAGACCGGGCCCCAGCCCCGCCGCCCCCCGCGGAGGGCGGCUACGGCGACGAGCAGAUCUACAACGCGAACGUCACUGGCCUCUACUGGAAGCUGCUUCCGGAGCAGGCCGCGCCCCUGGGCGCGGGGGACCCCGGCGUGGGAGGCUGCGGCCGGCGCUGGCGGGGUGACAGGGUGACCGUGCUGCUGGCCGCCAACCUGACCGGCAGCCACAAGCUGAAGCCGCUGGUCAUCGGGCAGCUGCCGGACCCUCCUAGCCUGCGCCACCACAACCAGGACAAGUUCCCCGCCUCCUACCGCUACAGCCCAGAUGCCUGGCUCAGCCGUCCACUGCUGCGGGGCUGGUUCUUCGAGGAGUUCGUCCCCGGCGUGAGGCGGUACCUGCGCCGCAGCUGCCUGCAGCAGAAGGCUGUGCUGCUGGUGGCCCACCCGCCCUGCCCCAGCCCAGCAGCCAGGAUGCCCGCCCUGGAGGACAGCGAGGACACCCUCCGGCGGUGUCGGCCUGAGCCCCUCAGUCCCCCAGAGGAGCUCCAGACCCCGGACGGGGCUGUGCGCGUGCUCUUCCUGUCCAAGGGCAGCGGCCGGGCGCACAUCCCGGCGCCGCUGGAGCAGGGCGUUGUAGCCGCCUUCAAGCAGCUGUACAAGCGGGAGCUGCUGAGGCUGGCCGUGUCCUGUGCGGGGGGCUCACCACUGGACUUCAUGCACAGCUUCAUGCUCAAGGACAUGCUCUACCUGGCCGGCCUGUCCUGGGACCUGGUGCAGGCAGGCAGCAUUGAGCGGUGCUGGCUGCUGGGCUUACGGGCGGCCUUCGAGCCCCGGCCCCCCGAGGAUUGUGCUGGGCAGCCCGCCUGCCAGGCCGAGGAGGCCGCCGAGCACAGCCGGGUGCUCAGCGACCUCACGCACCUCGCAGCCCUGGCCUACAAGCGCCUGGCGCCAGAGGAGGUGGCCAAGUGGCUGCACCUGGAUGAUGACGGGGGCCUGCCCGACAGCUGCAGAGAGGACGCAGGCCCUGGCCGGCCCCCUGUGCUGGUCCCUGCUGCCCCUCCCACCCUGGCCAGCCUACCCUCUGUCAUGGGGGGUGGGGCGGAGGAGGAGGAGGAGGCUGCCGUGCCCACAGCUGGGGAGGCUGUCCGGGGUCUGGAGACAGCUCUGCGGUGGCUGGAGAAUCAGGACCCCCAGGAGGUGGGGCCGCCCAAGCUGGUGCAGUUGCGCUCCCUGAUCAGCAUGGCCCGGAGGCUGGGGGGCAUCGGUCCCUCUUCUGCAGUCCCCGAGGACGGGGUGUGACCAAGCCAGCCUGAGUGGCCCCCACGGUGGCUGUUCUCCUGCUGCACUUGGAGGGAGGGGACACACACAGUCUUCCAUUUCCUCUCCUUCCCUCCUCUGGGAUGGCCCACCCCAUGGCUCAGGGGGCUCCAGGGAUCCCAGCCCCAGGCUGGCUUGGAGGAGCUCUGUUAGGCUCUGCUCCACCAGUCCACCAUCUUCCUGAGGGGGAGCUAGAAGAGGGGCCCCGGGCUCCUACAUCUCCUCCCUGGGCAAGCACUCUCGUGGGGUCUGUGGUUUUAGCUGGGGUCCCUUGGCACACACACGACGUAGCGCGCUAAUCAAAGCCGCUCUUGGUUUCCCAGCUCUGGCCCUUGUGGGCUGAGACCUUGAGCCCGGUGCCUGUACCUCCUCCCUCCUCCCAGGUGGCCCAUCACAUGUACUGUACAGGGGCCGGCACUCCCGCAAGUCUGGAGCUCUGGUGCUUCACGGUUCCCAUGCCUGGCCAUGCAGUCAUCGUGGAGGCACACCGCUCCAUUUUGGUUUUCAGCACGUUACACCCAUUUUUACAGAUGCCCUGCCUGGUGGCCAGCAUGGUGUCUCAUUCUCCAGCCUGGGGCUGGUCUUGGAGGUUGGCUCCGCAGAGGAUGGGGCCCAGUGACUGGGGACCCCAAGGUGCUGGACGCAGCAGGGAGUGUAGAUUUCUCUUCCACUGGGAUUGUUAGUUUUCCUUAAAAUUCCACUCCCAAACCACUGUCUUAUUUUAUGGGGUUAGCAGCCUUCUAGACUUGGGCCCCUGGUGACUUGACCAGGGACCGAGCAAGCUCCCUGGACCGGCCACGCCGUCCACCCGGAGCGGGCUUGUACUGACAGCCACACGGGGACAGCCCGACAGUGCCUUAGUGCGCCUCCGAGGCCGCCCCACCGCUCCCGGCACUGCCAGGGCUGUGGCUAAGGAGCCACUUCCCACAGCCCAGCACCCAGGCUUCUGAGGGGCUCCACUUGGGAGAAAGAGCGCAGCGCUCGGCGUCCCCACCCAGCUCUAGCUGCAGGCCGGCCGCUGGUCCGCGGCCCAGCCCGUGUCCCCCAGGAGCGGCCUUUCUACCCUCUCUCCACCCCCACCUGCCUCACAUCCUCCUGCUGUAGGUGGACGGUGUGUUCGUGGGAGGAGGCAGCCAUGAACUGCGGAGGCAGCUGGAGGGAGCCCCCCAGAGCAACUUCCUCACGAGUCUAAGAACAGAAAUUAUCCCGUGGAACUGUACUGUUUGUGGGUGGGUUACACACAUAUAUCUUAAAUCUGGAAGCUGAGGGAGGGUGUAAAAAAUCUGGGGGCAGGGGCUUGACUCGCCAGGCCCAGGGCAGCAGCCCCCAGCUGGAGACUGUGCAUCCACUUAAUAACGGACUCAAGCCCAUGGCCCUGGAGGCCCCUUUGGCCGUCUGGCUGGUCCUGGGACUCGAACCCAAGCAGGUGGCACGGGGUUUUGGGAGGUCUUACCUUUUAUAACAUCUGAUGGCAACUCAGGGACCUAGGGCUGGGAGGCCCUGGCCUCUGCUCUACCAGGCCUGCCCCCGGGGUUAUCUGGAGAGGCCGACCUCAGGGCCCACAGGGGCACCAGGCAAGGGUGCACCUGGGCCUGAGUUUCUCUCUGCUGAAUGGCUUCCAAAAAGCUGCUCUCGGUGAGGGCCCUCGUUAGGGCCUCCAGUGGGCUUGGCAGUGGGCUGGGAAAGGGAGGUGCAGGAGAUGGAGACAGGCCAGUGUGCAGGUUCUGCUAAAACUGCCCUUGACCUGCACCUGUUGGGGUGGAUGAGACCAUGCUGCAGGAAAGGGAGCCCAUCUGAGAGGCAUGGUCUUGCUGAAAGGGGCUGCAGGCCUGGGAAGCUACCCCCAGCUAACGGGUGGGCUGCGGGGGCCAAGUCAGCUUGUGGUGAGGGGAGGAGCGUGCCCUCCAGCCCGGCUCCCAGCCCAGCAAGUCAGGAUCGCGGUGGAGAGCUGGGCGCUGUUUGUCCUCAGAUAAGAGUGCCUACCGGUGAGGCUUGACUCUAGGAGUGUGUCCUGGGCAGAGCAGGGGCUUUUGGGGUGCACGCUCUAUUGAGGGACCUUUUCACAGCCAUCCUUGCUGAUGGGGCAAUUCACGCAGUCAGAUGGGCCCAAUGUGCAUUAUAAUAAAGGUUCGUGUCAACUUUA